CAAACUCUCAUGCUCUCCCUCUCUCCCUCUGUUAUCUAUCGCUUCUCUAUCCGGCCGGUGACUUUCUCCGGCCGAUGACUUUUUCUGGCCGAUGACUUGGACUCGAUAUCUCCUAUAUGCGUUUGCUCAUUCACUUUUUCUCUCUCUCCGAUGACUUGCACUGAGUUUCUCUAGAUUGGUGCUUUUGAGAGGCUCUUUGUGGUGUACUAUGGCAGUACGAGUGAUGUGGAUAUGGUGUAUUGUGUCGCCGUCCUCUUUGUGUUGAAGAACCACAAGUUUCAGCUCACUACCUUCUGCACCUUCUGCCAGCAUAAAAAAGAGUUGGGGGCAAAUUCUUACUUCUCUUUAUUCUGUAUGGGUAAGCUAUCUUUAAUUGAAAGUUAAUCAAGUUUGGGUAUUGUGUCAUCGUCAUCUUCAUAUCUGAGAGAUGUCGGUGUGUGGGCUUUUCCCCACAAGUCAUACACUUUUCAUUGGAGACCAUAGACCCUUAACCCAAGCACCUAGACCAAGACCACCUGUUUUCUAUUCUUCUCCUUCUCCUUCUCUUUCUGCUUCUGGUGCUACUUCUCCUAAUCCUUACCACCCCAGACCAACGGAGAUAAAUAACUCAAAAGCGAGACUGUCAGUUCUUGUGAGCAAAAGAAUGGUGAGCCUCUCCAUUUUAGCAGUUAUAUUAUCUGCUCCCUUGACAAGCUUCUCUAAAUCAAUUUCUGAAGAUUUGGAGCUUGAAAGAUACACUGAUCUGAAAGAGGGUUUCACCCUCCUCAAACCCUCUUCUUGGAUUAAGGUUGAUAAAGCAGGUGCAACUGUUCUAUUUGAAGAGGCAAGCAAGGGAGUUAAUAAUGUCGGAGUAGUGGUUAGCCCUGUUCGUAUUAUGAAACUCAGUGAUUUUGGGAGUCCUCGAUUUGUGGCAGAUAAGCUAAUUCAGGCCGAAAGACGGAAGGAAAGCACAAAGGAUGCUGAGGUGAUUGCUGUUUCAGAGAGAUCUGGCCCGGGAGGCCUACAAGUCUAUGAGUUUGAGUAUGAAGUUGAUAGCACCAGAGGAGGAAUGAAGAGGGUUUUUUCCGCUGCAUUUGUGGCAUCUAAAAAGCUCUAUCUUCUAAAUAUUGCUCACUCUGACAAACCAGAGAGUCCUCUAAACACAGAAAAGAGAAUGAUUCUUGAAGAGGUUCUUCAUUCCUUUGAUGUUGUACCAUUGACUUGAAUGAUCAUCACGACAUAUUGUUUUUCUCCCUCUAUUUC